CAGUGCUCAGAAUUCAUUGCCAGUACCUCGUCUCAAUAGAUCUCAAUCGUGAUGCAUCUGAUGCUGUAACGGUGGCACCUGUAUGUAUGAAACUUGACUAUAUCUCGGGACCUCUCGGGGAUUGCUCUUGACAUUCUUCCAACUUGACGGACACGCGACACUGUCGAGCAGGACACGACAAACGACACGUCCUGCCACUGGGACGGCAUUUUAUCAUUACCUGGCUGCCUUGAAGGCUUGCUGAUAACGCGUGUACUUAUUGGUUAUUCGCGUGCACUAAUCUUACACGCUUAUCCCGGCGGCAAAAUAGUCCCCGUUCCAUCUUUAUCUCUUACUCUCUCUCUCUCUCUCUCACCAUCACCACGCCACCUCCACAAUGUCGAGGCAGCCCAACAUCGAGUCCGUUGCUGGCGACCCCCUCAUAGGCAGUGACCUCGCUGCCUUCUCACCCUCUCGUUCUCGUCUUGCUCAUCAUUCAGUUCUCUCAGCCCUCUCUUCAGAAAGCGUGACUGAGCGACGCUCGGAACACGAGCCGCUUCUGGGUCCUGGUCGGCCGAGAAAGCCAUUCUAUAGAGCAAGGCCGCUCUGGCUAGUACCUUUCGCCAUCACGGCGGCACUGACUCGUGGCAUGACCACCGCGCCUCGAGUUGAAGUCUUCACACAACUCGCAUGUUCUCGUCUACACCCACAUCCGUUCAACCAUACUCUGGUCGAAAUACCCUCCGUUUCUAGUGACCACCUAAUAUCUAUAUCUUCAUCUGUUGACCCUCUUGGACCUAAUCUCUCUCCUUCCUAUCUAACCCAAGUCACACAUUUCGACUAUAACACCAAUGUCACAGACGAUGACCCACGCGACCUUCCUUCUCCGCAAUGUCUUUCUGAUCCUGCAGUUCAGGCUGCCGCCGCCCGGCUUCAAACCAUUAUGAUCACGACUAUGGGCCUUCUCUCAGCACUCACUACAGGUUGGUGGGGUCAUUUUGGGGAAAGACACGGGCGUACAAAAGUCCUAGCCAUUGCGACAUCUGGUCUAUUUUUCACGGACCUCAUGUUCAUUCUUGUCUCGACCCCGCAUUCUCCCUUGUCGUCACAUGGUCACAAGCUAUUAAUUAUCGCUCCCAUCAUUGAAGGAUUCCUUGGCGGUUGGUCUACCCUUCAAAGCGCUACCAGUGCCUAUGUAUCCGAUUGCACGUCUUCUGGAUCUCGUGCGACCAUAUUCUCUCGGUUCACGGGUGUGUUCUACGUCGGGUUUAGUAUGGGUCCCGCUAUUGGAGGUUGGAUAAUCAAAAACGGUAUAGGCGCGCUGCCAGGACAGCCCAAAUCAGUCACGGCAGUAUUCUAUCUAGCCGUGUUAUGCUCCCUCGCGAAUCUUCUUCUUGUGCUCUUUGUAUUCCCCGAGUCCUUAUCCGCCGAGAAGAGAGAAGCAGCUGCGAGAGAGCACGCUAUGACUCACUCCGUCAAGGGCAAGGCCAGGGAUUUGAGCGGGCAGGACUCGGGUGGCCAUGACCAAGGCGCCAGCUCAUCUUCAGACGAAGAAGGGGUCUCGGAGACCAAGCGAUUUGCCAUCAUUCGCAAUUUCUUGAGUCCGUUGUCGAUUUUCCUACCUGUCACCAUCAUAGAAGCGGAGGGAACGAGAAGACACCGAGACUGGAGCUUGACCAUGUUGGCAGCAGCGUUAUUCGGGUAUAUGCUCUCAACGGGCAUUUAUCAACUCAAGUACUUGUACGCCGUUCAUGUAUAUGGCUGGGGUGCCGAGCAACUCAGUUACUACAUCUCUUUCAUGGGUGGCGCUCGAGCCGCAUUUUUACUCCUUCUUUUGCCCUUCUUUAUUUCUGUUCUCAAGCCGAAACCUCAAACACCGGCCAAAUCUUCCAAUGGCAAAGCCACCAAGCCUAAAUCAACUAAAGCCCAUCUCGCUCAGGAAAUACGCUUUGAUCUGUUCCUGACGCGAACUUCGUUUAUCAUCGACAUUGUGUCCAAUGUGCUUGUAGUGCUAUCUCCUGCACCCAUUUACAAAGUACACGUGUCUUCUUCUUCAUCGUCUACGCCGGCAUCGAGACACAGCGAAGCACUGUUUGUAAUGGCCAGCUCAUUAACUAGCAUGGGCUCCGGAGUUGUGCCGGCGGUGCAAAGCCUUGCAUUGUGCAUCACUCAGGCGCGAACGAUCAUAGAAACCGGAACAGUCCCAGAGGACCAAGCCAAGGGCAGUGCAGGUAUUGGCAAGUUGUUUGGUGCGCUAGCUGUGCUACAAGCAACUGGGCAAAUGAUCCUCGGACCCAUGAUAUUCGGUCUUAUCUAUAGCGGCACCGUUGCCACCUACCCAAAGGCGAUAUUCACGAUUGCCGGAGGAAUGCAGGUGUUUUCCCUGAUGGCGGUGAUGCUUGUGAAAAAUCCGGUGGAUUUGUUCAAGGGGAAGAAGAGCAUGAGGUGGGUAAGAGAUAGCAAUGAGGAAGUAGAACGGGGACGAUCAAGGGCCAGCAAGGAUCUGUUUGGGGGACAGACACCGGGACCAUCUGGGUCUGGUUCGCAUCAUUAGGAUGCGAAUAGUGUGCUUUACUACUUAGACGGAUAUAUGUUGUAUGAUAUCAAACUUACAGUGUACUAUAGUAAUAUUCAUCGAAUGUCAUUUAGAAGGGCUUAUGUCGUC